AUGGAACACGAUUUAGGCUACGACCUAGCAGAGGCGCUGGAGCGAGAAGGUCUUUCCAAAGAGGACUUGCAAGCACUCCGAAGCCCACCAAUUGAGGGAGUACCGGUAGGCAUCACCGAUAAGCAACUAGCAUGUUUCCUAGACGCAUGUGAUAAGAAUAUUGACGAAGCGCGAAAGGUGCUCAAAAUUUACUAUGAUGCCCGCAAGAACGGGCCGGAAUUGUUCAACAAUCGCGAUCCCCUUAGUGCACCGAUACAGCAAUGCUUCCAGAAUCAAGACUACUUUCCACUGCCACCAACCCCAAGUGGUUAUUCGGUGGUUUUUCACCGUUUGAAAAAUUCCAGAUCGUCUAACUAUCACUUCGACGAGGCGAUCAAGACGUACUUCAUGACCAUUGACUCCUGUUUGUACACACAAGGUCCACGGCCCGGUAUUAUUUUUCUCUUUGAUAUGAAAAACGUCGGACUCAUGCAUCUAACACGGAUCAACAUGAGCUCGGUGCGGAAAUUCUUCAACUACCUGCAGGACGGCUUGCCGGCCAAACUGAAAGCGAUACACGUGGUGAAUGUUGUAUCAUUUUUCGAUAAAAUUCUAUAUAUCAUCAAGCCGUUUAUACAUGCUGAAAUAUUGAAUAUGCUUUAUUUACAUACGUCCAAUGCCAAUUUCGACAAAUUCUAUGAGGAAUGGAUACCAAAGAGUGGCCUUCCGUCCGAUUUGGGCGGUGAUUUGAAAUCGAUCGACGAACUCCACCAGGACCAUCUGAAGGAGUUUGAGAAACAACGACCGUACUUCCUCGCCGAAGAAAGGCAGCGUAAUGAAGACUCGUCACUCAUAGGAGAUUCAACGGAACAAAUGAUGAAAUCGCUGUCCAUAGACUAAUGGAUUAACUGUUCAACCGAGCUUAUAAGCUGCUUAGUAUCGUAAAUGGAUGUGAUAACAACAAAACAGUCUGCAUAAAGCGUCAGCUACCGGCUGGUUAGGCCAAACC